AAAGAACAACAACCCACAUCCCAACAACACGUCUCCUGCCCCUCUCUCACACCCACGCCAUGGCUUCACUCAAUCCAGGAAUUCUCCUGAAGCUCCUCCAGUCCAUGAAUUCUCCCACUCGGGUUACCGGCGACCACCGUUCUGCCCUCCUCCAGGUCAUCGGCAUUGUUCCGGCCCUCGCUGGUUCCGACCUCUGGCCAAACCAAGGAUUCUAUGUUCAGCUCUCCGACUCCCUUAAUUCCACCUAUGUCUCCCUCUCAGACCAGGACAAUGACCUCAUCCUUUCCAACCGCCUCCAGCUAGGCCAGUUCGUCUACGUUGAUCGAUUUCACUUUGACUCUCCUGUUCCACGCGUGGCCGGUAUCCGUCCCAUUGCUGGCCGCCACGCCUUUGUCGGGUCCCCUGACCCCCUCAUUGCCCGCAUUUCGUCCUCAAAAAGGGAUUUCGUGAUACAACCCGUAUCCGAAUCCGAGUACUCCGUGGAUCCCAUUGCCGUGUACUUGGCAAACAAGAAAUCCGAUCAACAUGCUCCGAUUGAGGAUAAGGAAUUGAAAUUUGAUGCCAAAGUCGAAAAGCCCAGGACAAGGCAGGCUCUGGCGCCGAGAGAUAAUGUAAAGGUUGAGAAUUUGGAUGAACCCAAGGGUUUAGAGAAGCCGCCGCAGAGGUUCUCAUCUCCGGCUGGGACAAAACGCUCUGUUUCAGCUGGGAAGAAGAAUAUUGUGGCAGUGGCUGAGAGAGACCCAUCUCCAGCGGGGAAAGGAAAGAGGUCCGCAUCCCCAGUACCGUCAAAAUGUGUGGUGCCGAGCUUAGUCGCGGCAAGGGAAGAGAACAGGAAGGUGGCAAGGGAGCCGGCAAUAAUCGUGCCAUCAAGGUACAGGCAACCGUCUCCGAAUGCGAGGAAACAGGCCUCACCAAAUCCGCGCAGAGCAUCAAUUUCCCCAGGAAGGAGGCUGUCUGCAGGCUUAAAGUUGUCUCCGGCUGUGGGGGAUUCGAAGAAGAAGAUGGCAACUAUUGUUGCCGGAAUUUCGAAGGUCUCGGAGGCGCUGGUGGCGUCAGGGAAGGGUGGUAGGAAAAGCUGGGAUGAGUCACCAGCACCGGCUUCAGGGGAACAGAAGGAGAAGUCUUCUGCAAAGAGUAAGCCAGAUCUGCAAGCAAUUUUGCGGACUCAGGCCGCGAUGUCAAGGCGUUUGAGCGAUGUUAAUGGCCAAAAGGGUAGUGAUGAAAAUUCAUCAGGCAAUGAGAAAACAAAAACUAGUCCACCUGAGAGUAAUUUGGCCCCUGAAAAGGCAGCAUCUGGUGCUUUAGGAAUCACCAUCCAUGAUAAGAAAUGGACCGAUGGCAGCAUCCCAUGGGAUGCCAUUUCAACUGACCUUGCUAAGCUUGGGAAGGAGGCUAUGCAAAGGAGAGUCCUCGCCUCUACAGCUGCAGCAGAAGCAUUAGAGGAGGCUCUGGCUACCGAGUCUGUUGUUAGGAGUUUAAGCAUAUUUUCUGAGAUCUCCACAAAAUCUAAGGCUGGGAAUCCUAUACCUACAAUCGACAGAUUUUUCUCGGUUUAUGAUGAUGUAAUAAGGUAUACUGGGAUUGCUGAAGCUGUUGAAGCUAACCACAAUGAUGGUAGUAAUGUCUCAACAGAGCACUCAAAAUCCACUUCUCUCUGGGUUGAAGCUGCACUGGCCACUGAUCUUGAGAUUGUUUCACUUCUAACCCAUCAGAAAAAUGACCCUCCAUCUGCUCUGCAGAAAAGCUUGUCAAAAAGACAGUUUGUUAACGCAGCUGCCAAGAAUCAGCUUAAGGCUGAUCCAUCGCUGCAUUUGGACCAUACUAUCACUGGGGUUUGGAGAAGGGGUCAGGGAAUGGUAGAGACGGUGCAUCUAGCCAAGAAUUUGCAAUCAGAGAUGAAAAAAUGGUUUGUAGGUUUUAUCGAGGAGUCCUUGGAUGCUGGUUUCCGGGUGCUUGGAGAGUCCGCAACUGGUGGGACUAAAGCAUUACCUAUAGAUUGUGGCUCCAUAACCUCAGUUUUGUCCCAACUCAAGCGGGUGAAUGAUUGGUUGGACCGAACAGUUUCAAAUGGAGAUGAUCAAACGCUUACUGAUAAGGUUGAGAAAUUGAAGAGGAAAAUCUACAGCUUUGUAAUUCAGCAUGUGGGGACAACUUUUGACAAUUCCAUGCAUCUCUCCUCAUCUUGAUUGUCAUCUGCGUAUUAAUUUUUGGUAAUUCUUCUUUGUUUUCUUGUACUUAAACAAGAAUAACCCUUUGUUAUACUUUCACUUGGGAAAUUGAAGAUUGUUUCAGUUUAAAAAAUGAUGAAGAUGUUC